AUGCUAAGAACAAUGAGAAGUGGUUUCUCAAAUCUUUUACUAUUAUCUGUUAUAUUUACAACUUUAUUACACUCUUUUGAUGCUCAACCUGUCCCAGCUCCAUCUCCGAAUUCGCCUUCACCGGCCCCUACUCCGGCUCCAAUUUUGCCUCCAACUUCGCCCGCACCAGCGCCUGUUCUCAUUCCUAAAUCACCUAUUACGUCGCCUAUAGAAACGCCUGUUCCGAGUCCUGCUUCUCAUUCGCCUUCUCCUUCUAAGAAUGCACCAGAACCGGAACCUCCUGCGGCUGGUCGAGGAGGUCCAUCUGGUCUUAGCGGCGGUCAAAAGGCUGGGAUAGUCAUAGGAACACUAUUGGGAGCAGCGUUGUUAGGUUUCUUUGGAUUGGUUUGCUGGAAGCGUCAAAGUAAUGUCAGAAGAAACCGUUAUAGUAAUGCUGCAAGAAACAUUGAACUUUGA